AUGGCAAUACUAGAUACCUUUUUGAUAGUCCGUUUGUUUGGCACGAUCUUUUUGGUCAGCACUUUGAUCAUACAGUGGAUAUUAGCGUGGUUCCUGCAGGUCAUUUUCAUCAUCAUCACGUUUCCUUUCAUUUCGAAGAAUAAACGCCAGGAUGGCUGUGGCCACAUCUUCCGCUUUGUUUCUUUUGUCGGAGCGGAUUUCCUAAACCCUUUCUGGCGUAUCCAUAUACUGAACAAGUUCCCGCCAACCAAACACGAUCGGGUGUUGUUGAUGAUGAAUCAUCUGAGCGGAUCAGAUCCCUUCUUGAUGAUUCGAUCGAUGCUUCCUCGGGAUGGGUCGUGGAUCGCGAAGUCUGGGCUCUUUAAGUUGCCUUUUGGCGGUUGGUGCAUGGCCAACGCGGGGGAUCUUUCCGUGAAGUUUAAGAAUAAACGCGCAGGAUUUGAAACGAUAAAGGGCACUGUCGGGGUCAUGAUGAUGGAAGCCGCACAGAAGCUUCGUCGGGGUCGCAUGCUUUGCGUUUUUCCAGAGGGAACGCGGAAUGUGCACCCGGAAGGGUCUAUUUUGCCAUUCCGCAAGGGCUUUUUUGCGUUGGCAAUUCAGGAGAGCGCGAUUAUCGUGCCGCUGGCGGUUAGCGGAACGGACAGGAUGUGGCCUGUUGGCUCUAUUUUAAUUAACAGCGCCGAUGCGUACCUUUCCUUUGGCGAUCCCAUAGAAGCUAAAGAAUUCGAAAACGCUGAUAGCUUGGCGGAUCACGUCUGGAAGGUUAUGAACGACCUGCGCGAGAGCCAUCCGGAUCAGAUUGCUAUUCGGCGGAAGGCUGAGUAAGGUUCCGAAGAAGCAUAAGAUGUGAAUGUGGUGGAUGUUGGGCUUAUCUUCAAUAACUUAGAACCUAUAAAGGUAGCUUUUUCGUUCUUUUCUACUUGUAAGAUGAUGUGCAUGCCGUAAAUAUUUAGUGAUUCUUUAUUUAACUACAUGAUUUUUUUAAUUUACUAACAUGUACGUUAGAACCCUAUAAUUAAGCAGUACAUCUGUUUUAUAAUUUUAAUUGCAACCCCACCAUAAAGGAUAUUCUUGAUAGAAAUUUUCACGUCUUAACCACUAGCUUUACCGUUCAUAUAUCGAGGCAGGGAGAGGAGGGGUGGAUCAGCGAGGAGAGGGAUGGGAUAGAAUGGAAUUAAACUAUUUCUUUAUAAGGUAUUAUUCAAUAUUUCAUACAUUUGUUAUCUUGGAAAUUCAUGGAAUACAAAUUAUAAGAAUUAAUUCCUUUCUUCCAUUUUCAAAAAAUUUGUUUCAAAAUUAUUUGCGUCUGAUUUCAGUUUACUUAAUUUAUUCUACAGGAUUGAAUAUUAUUAUUGAAUUUAUCACCUUUCACUAAGGAAUUCUUGAGAAGGUAUUUCCCUAAACCCCGGAGCACCACCGACCAUUUCAAGAUUUACACCUUUUUUUUAUACCGUAUCAUCCAAAUAGUUUGACACUAGUAUUUUGUCUGAGUGCGUGAACGCUGUGGGAUCUUGUUGAAAUCCUUGCCUUAUUGUUUAUCUUGGGCCUCAGGAAAUUUAUUAUAUUAAAUAGACCUGUAGAGCUUUCAUCGUCAAGGUAAUAUCUCUGCCACUUUAUCGGACCUUUCUCAACUUUAAAAUCUCAAAGCUCAAGAGGUUUUUGUAGAUUCAAACACGUAAACACGAAAACGAUGAUCGAAUGUACUCUCCAAUCCACGCUAGUCUCGAACACGAACACUUAAACCGAUAUUUUUAGUUCUGCUUUCCUACUCUUUUUCAUUAAGUUUCACGAGUUUCCGUGUGUACUGGCUUUCAUAGUCGUUAUCUUGACAGAUUUAAUCAUUCUAAAGGGAGAAGAUUAAGCGACUGAGAAAGUUAUCAACGGAAAAAGCAUAUGCAGCGCACACAUAGGCAUAUACCUUACAAUUUGCAUUCGACUAGGUAUUCAAUUUUCUCAAAAGGGAUGAUUUGUUUUAAUUCAAUCGAGAUGCUUCUAUUCAAUAUUACCUCUAAGACUUUAGUCGAACACUUGUGAUUUUUUUUGUGAAAUCCUUGAUUUAACCUUUAGAUCAAAAACAGCUUUUACUUAUAUAUUCAUAUAUUUUUUCUAAAAAUUAUUUUAAAUUAAUUCACAAUUUGCGAUCAACUGUUUACCGCACUUUAACAAAAUCGCGUGUUUCUUAUAAUUAACGUCAGAUCCCAAAAGGACAGGGUCAUGGGUCUCUUCUAGGGAGGUUUUCUAUUUCCUUCUGUCACACCGACUUUAGCUAAACUAAAACACAGCUCGGGGUAAA